AUGGUCAAAAAAGGCAGCAAGGUUAGCGUCCCUAGUGCUGAUGGUGACACCAUAAAUAACCACAACCAUGACUUGAGAUACGAAGGAAUGGUGAGUGACAGCGCUGUCAGAGUGGAGAGCGACACCAUUGCAUCCUUGUCAUUUGGAACCCAGGUGCUAGGUGGCGCCAGCUCCAUGGGGGAUGCCCUUGAUAACAGAAGAUGUUGGAUUACUAGAGACACCGAAGAGGGAGGCACCAAAGUGGGAGGCGCCCAAGGAGGAAGGGUCAAGAAGAAGGCGCCCAAGAGGGAGGUGCCCAAGGGAGAGGCACCCAAAGGAGAUGCGACCAAGGGGAGGCGCCCAAGAGGGAAGCACCCAGGAGGGAGGCGCCCAAGAGGAAGGCACCUAGGAGAAGGCAUUGGCUUCAUUAGAGGCAGCACCCUAGGCACAGGCAUCGAUGUAGGCAACGGCUCUUCGGGUUACGAGCACGGGGUCAGUGCCCACAACAUGUCUGAAGGCAGUGAGCUCAUGGAAGACGACGCUGAAUAG